UACAUGAGAUCGGGGUGUAGACGCAGAAGCUAAAGCUAGACAAAUUCUCGGGAAACGGGCUAUAAUAAUAAAACUGAAUAUUACAAGUAUUGACAAGGUUGAGAAAAUGUGAUCAUGGCUUUUGGCCCUAAUUUCUAGGGAGGUAACGAGGAACGCUGAUGACAGGUUUUUUGACAGUGCUCCUUCUUCUGUAUAUUUUUUUAAGGGAGCGCAAAAAAAGGAAAAGCGUGCAAUGCAUCUGUGUCUUCUGGGGCUUUCAUUACUACCAACACCAGUGUCCCAACAUUGAGGCCCGCGACUGUUUCAUAUUAUUGAGCUGCCUGGUUGCCAUCACAUGUAUGCCUCUGGCUAAUGCCAAUGGAACGGAGAAGAUAGGAAGAAGCCACAUUAUGGAGGUCCAGCAAAUGUUGGACUUACUGAAAAGUACAAUUGAAAACUCAAAUGCUUCUUUGUAUUCUCCUACCAACGAUGAGAUCCAGGCCAAUUGCACCUUCAAGUUCAUGCACUGUUAUUUAUUGGAGCUGGAGGUGAUCUUGAUUGAGACAUUUGACAAACACGAGACAACGCGAACUGAAAUACAUCAUAUGAAGAAACUAUUGGAACGUCAACAGCAAUUUAACAGUUCUACCUGCCUACCGUGUGAGGCACAGACAGUCGCCAAUUCUACAACAUUUCUCAAAAACUUUGAAUUUCUUUUAAAGAGAAUAAACAAUACAUUAUAAUAUACAGUAUUGUAUGUAACGUAUAGUAUUGUAUUGUACAGUAGGAUGUAGCCAAGUAUCAUAUCCUUUGUGAGGUUUAUAUUUUAUGUUUUGUACAUGUUUCUGUAAAAUGUUUGUGUGAUUCUUCAAACUUCUUAGAUUCAAGUGUAGCUUAACUGUUAGAGCAUGGUGCUGGUAAUGCCAAGGUUGUGGGUUCAAUUCCCAUUGGGGACCAGUGUGAAAGAGUAUGACAAUGUAUACACUCAUUACUGUAACUUGCUCUUGAUAAGAGCAUCAGCUAAAUGUUUUAAAUGUACAGUGCCAGUCAAAAGGUUGGACACAUUUCAAUGCGUGUGUCCAAACUUUUGACUGGGUCUGUAAGUGUUAAAGUAGCAUGUGGAGGGCAUUUAGCAAAGAUUAAUGCUUUAAUGACCUUGUAAAAAACGUUUUAUAACCUCUCAGGUCAAGUGCAAUUGUGCAUAGCUGUUUAUAUUAUUAUACUGUAUAUAAUCAAAUUUAAUGACUUGUACUACUUUGUUUUAGCUUUUUACUAACCAAAUGAGAGCAAAACAUUUGUUUGUAAAUUGUCUUUUAUUAUGUUUGACUAAUACAGGGGUGGACAAACUUAGGCCAUUCGGUAAUACAAUAGUAAUACAAUAGUUUUGAGGGGAAGUAAAACGUAACUCACCAGCCCCUCAUACACCUGAAUCUGGAUUCAAAUUAUUUAGACAUUAUAAUGGACCUACUGUAUAAACAUUUUAAUUAUUGCCCUUUUCUUGCUUGCAAAAAAUUUAUGAUUAACAAAUUACAAAAAAAAUAUCUUUCAAAAUCCUGAAGGCAAAAUCCCCAAGCUAAAAAGUUUGCCCUUCCCUGUACUAGAGCAUAGUUUUCUAUAUGCUCUUAAUAUAACCUCUUAGUAGUGCUAAGAAAUAUCUUGAUAUUUGAUUACUCAAGAGAAAUAUGUGACCUUAAGGAGACAGUUGACUCCAAACCCAGUUUUUGUCAGGAUUUUUCCAUUGUUCAUAAAAUAAAAUGUUUUUGUGAUUAACACUAAACUGAAAACUAUUGAGGAAGGAGCCAAAAACAACUGCAGUUCAUUACAUUUGAGCAUCUAAAAUGAAAGGUCUCAGACAGUACUAAAUAGGACUUGUCACUGUGUUCUGCUUUUUUCUGUGUCAUAUAAGCUUUGUAUUGUUUGAAUUGUACAUCCAUAUUUUUCUUGUAAUGACCAUAGACAUAAUGCAUUAUACAGCACGAUACCUUAAUGAUGCAGUAAAAGCAUUGUUCUACAGACGUAGGUCUCACAAAGGCUCAUAAUUGUGAAAGACUCCUGUUUGACUCAUGCUUUCCAUAGCGCCUUGAACUGCUUACGCUGCAUUUUUACUGUUACGUCUUACAGGAGUCCGUGUAAAUAUGCAUUUGGACGUUAAAGUGUCAUCGAUAAGUUUACUGAGUCCAAAAAAAAAAAACGAGCAUG